GAGGGAGAGGGAGAGGGAGGGAGAGAGAGAGAGAGAGAGAGAGUCGACAUCUGUGAAUCACAUCAAGGCAGCUGUGGUUAGAGUCUACUGCAGUUAUUUUACGAACGAGAGGCAGAGAGGGGGACUGAAGUGGAGAGAAGGAGAGAGAAGGACAAAAGGAGGGGGGGCCUGGGUGAGUUUCCAAGCCGAGGACGGUGAACCCUGAUCGGGGGGGGUCUUUCAGACGACAGUGGGGUUAGACCAGGCCCCUGGAGUUCCUUUGGAGAGAUGAGGACCUCUGAGAAGACAGUGUUUGGUGAUAAUCAAAUGAAUCCUGACUCUAAUGGAUCCUGUGAUUACAACAUGGAUUGACCUUUUCUUCUUCUCAUCUGAAGGGAUAUUUUCGUUUUUUUAUGUGGAUGUUUUUCUGUGUGGAAAUGUGUCUUAUUUUUUCUAAAUGAAUUUGGAGUUUCAUGUCUUUCUGGUGUGGAUUUUAAGGAGGCUGUUUAGUUGACUCUGUGGAUCUGAAACUGCCUCCACUCAUCUGAAGGGAUCUAAACAAUAACUAUUUUGGCCUUGGAUUUCUUUCACAUAUCAUUUUUUGCUGGAGUUUUGUGUUUUUUUCCAAUAUGUUUUUUUUAUGCAGUAAUUGAGACUGCUUUGUAACCUUGGUAACCAAGCGGUAACCAAGCGGUAACCACGCGUCAACUGAGCGGUAACCAUGGCAGCAGCCUAUCGCGUGGUAGUGAGCAGUGUUAGUUGCUACAGCAGCGUGGUGGUGGACCGUCGGGCUCAGAGUCACGCGGUGCACUACUGCUCCGGGUCAUGUGGGGCGCUGUCCCAGGGACUGGACUGUACUGUGGUCCAUCGCAGCACCUGCUCCGAGCUGCUGACCGCCCCCUCACACACACACACUCACACACACCCCGACCCCUCACACACAUUCACACACAACCUGACCCGAAACGCAAACUCUCCUCACCAAAUCCCCAACAGCUGUAAAUUUAGUAUCACCAGCUCUAUCGGGAGUUUUGGUGUUCCUAAUGAUCCAAACAGUGUGUAUGGUGUGGUGGGGGAGGACAGUCCUCCAUGGCGAGGUAAGAAGGCCAACACUACCACCACUACUACCAGCUCUGGUCCUGACCGGCCUCUCCAGAGCUCUGCCAGUCUGAAGGACAUCACAGGAGAAGCCAUCAACCUGGCCAGUGGCAAACUCAAAGAGUUCUCCUUCGAGAAGCUCCGCCUCUCCACCAGUCAUGUGACCUUCAGGAAAGGUCGCAAGGUCAGGCCGGACUCCUACAGCCGUCGGUCCACGGACCUCGACAUCGUCUACGGACACUUCACUGGGAACGUCGGAGGAACGGGGAAUGGGACUAUUACCGGAAAUGGAAACGCCAAUGAUGAGAACCUGCCUCCUUUCAGCGACACCAUCAAGGUGCUCAAAGGCCUAUCGCCUGCUAGCAUCACCGCCGGGGGCGGGUCUCUAUCCACAACCAGCCUAUCCAGUGUCUCCAGGGCUGGGGGCGGGUCCACCAGUAGCCUAUCCAGCGCCUGCUCUGGUUCCUUGGAGGCGGGGCUAAACACAGUGGCGUCUCUCUACCUCAGCUCAUUAGCCGACGAGUCCCUCAUCGCCCGGUUACUGGAGAAGACCCGUGCAGGGGAGGAGGGAGGAGUGGGAGGAGCAGGGGGGGAAGACAUACGGGCCUGUCUGGACAUUCUGGUCAAGUGUUCAGAGGACUUGAAGAAAUGUACUGACAUCAUCAAGCAGUGUAUCAGUAGGAAGAGUCCCGGGGGAGGGGAGGAUGGGGGAGCCAGUCCAGAGAGCAUCUACAGAGCUGUGAUGACUAGACUGAGCUCCUAUCUGAGGAAACUGCCUCUAGAGCUGGAGGGGGCUGGGUUAGGGUUAGGGUCAGGGUCAGGGGCUGGAGGUCAAGGAUCAGGGAUUGGAGGUAAUAGCGAGUUGGCCGAGCUGGUUAGUAGUCUCCAUAUGCUGCAGCAAGCUGCUGUCCCCUUCUCACCCAUAUUUGGGAAUGAUCAACCGCCACGGUAUGAGGACGUUGUUCAGAACCCUCCCUUACCCAAGAGCAGGGAUAUACUGCCACCCUCGUCACUCGCUCCAGACUCUUCUCUCUCUUUGUCCACUAUGCCUGAGACAGCAGGGAGACAUAAGGUUCAGACCAACGGGCUGCAGCACACACACACUCUGUCACACACACACUCUCCCUCACCGCACACACACACGUUGUCUAUUUCUACCCCUCCAUCCCAGGCACACACACCUUCAUCACAAACUCACACUCCGUCAGCGCUUACACACACUCCGUCCAUCUCCCCCAUGGAGGCUCUCUUCAUUGAGGAGGACGCAGACCUGGGAAGGGGGCUGAACAGGGCUUCCAGACACACACACUCACAAACCCCGACCAGAAGCCUCACACACACUCACAGUCGGAACGGGACAGCUUUUAGUCCACACACACCCCCCAGCUCCGCGCGCACACACCUCAGCCCCAAUCUCUCACAUGUACACGUUACACACACACUCCAGUCUGCUGGUGAAGACCUCACCUGCCCCCCAACCUCCGAACACACCCCUCCUGUCACUCAUAGAGACCACGACAUCGACAGGCUUCUGAUGGACUUGGAGUAUCUGUCGCAGAGCAUGGGUCGGGAGAGAGACCGAGUCAGAGAGGGAGAGAGAGAAAGAGAGGCGGAGCCCCCUCUCCCCGUUAAGACCAGACAGAGGGGGACAGAACAGGGGAACACCUCCACACAAACCCAACCCUGUCUCAAGACACAAACCCAAAUCAACCCCCAGGCUCAAAGGCCUGUUCUUGUUAGCCACCUAACCGCUAACGCCCAGGCCACUAGGUCGACCCCCAGCUCCCCUGCUCCUCUUCUCCAGGCAGAGGGCAGCGUGGUGGGGCUGGGAGAUGAGGAGGACAGGGCCCUGCUGCUGAGGAUCCUGGAGAGCAUUGAGAGCUUUGCCCAGGAGCUGGUGGACUCUGGGGGUAGUCCUGGGAACACUGGGAAGACUGGGGCUCAGAGCAAAGAGAAUGAGGUGAUGAGACUCCUACAGGACACUCUGGCUACUGCAGCCAAGACUGACACUCUGACGCAGGCCAAACUACCUGGAUCUCCACCCGCUGGGCAAGAUGUAUCCACACCUGCACUCAGACCUACAUCUGGUGCUGUAUCCACGCCUGCACCCAGACCUACAUCUGGUGCUGUAUCCACACCUGCACUCAGACCUACAUCUGGUGCUGUAUCCACGCCUGCACCCAGACCUACAUCUGGUGCUGUAUCCACGCCUGCACCCAGACCUACAUCUGGUGCUGUAUCCACGCCUGCACCCAGACCUACAUCUGGUGCUGUAUCCACGCCUGCACCCAGACCUACAUCUGGUGCUGUAUCCAUGCCUGCACCCAGACCUACAUCUGGUGCUGUAUCCACGCCUGCACUCAGACCUACAUCUGGUGCUGUAUCCACGCCUGCACUCAGACCUACAUCUGGUGCUGUAUCCACGCCUGCGCUCAGACCUACAUCUGGUGCUGUAUCCACGCCUGCACUCAGACCUACAUCUGGUGCUGUAUCCACGCCUGCACCCAGACCUACAUCUGGUGCUGUAUCCACGCCUGCACCCAGACCUACAUCUGGAGCUGUAUCCAUGCCUGCACCCAGACCUACAUCUGGAGCUGUUCCUACAGCUCUACCUAUCUCUUCAGCUCCCACACCUGUCCCUGUCCCUGUCCCUGUCCCUGUCCCUGUCCCUGUCCCUGUCCCUGUCCCUGUCCCUGUCCCUGUCCCUGUCCCCACAACCCUAGCAGAGUCUGUCGCUACAGACCAUGCUACACCUUCUGCCCUACCCACACCUGUUCCACCCCCUACAGUCGUACCCACACCUGUUCCACCCCCUACAGUCGUACCCACACCUUUUCCACCCCCUACAGUCGUACCCACACCUGUUCCACCCCCUACAGUCGUACCCACACCUGUUCCACCCCCUACAGUCGUACCCACACCUUCAGAAGCAGCCGCUAGACGUGAACAUCCUCCUGUAGCUGACCUGACAGCGGUACUUACCACCACGGCCACCUCUCCACCGGCUGUAACACCUGUCCCCUCCCCUGUCCCGCCCCCUACACCCUCCCCUGUCCCGCCCCCUACACCCACACCUGGAGAGGCACCUGUCGCUGCUCCUCCUGUUGCCGUGAGACACCCGAUUGCCCCUAGCGAUGUGGUUGCCCUGAGAGACAUCGGCUCGACGCUGCUCAUCCAGCAGACGCCCGAGGUGAUCAGAGUCCAGUCCAACAAGCAAGAUAAGAAAUCUGGCACCCCUCCUCCAGCCCCUCUCUCCCCCACCCCCUCUGUUUCUCCCCCCCACCGCUCCCCCUCUCCUCCCCCACUCCAGUCGUCCUCCCCCUCCUCCUCCACCUCCCCCACCUCCCCUGCCCUCAACAUUCCCCGCUUCUACUACCCUCGAGGGUUACCGGGGGCAACAAAAGUUAACCACGAUGCGGCCAUCACUGCCAUAGAAACCGCCUUCACAGAGUUUGAGGAGGAGAAGGCUGAUAUUUACGAGAUGGGCAAGAUCGCUAAGGCAUGUGGCUGUCCUCUGUACUGGAAGGCAGCCAUGUUUAACGGAGCGGGAGGAGAGAGGACCGGCUUCGUCUCUGUUCACUCCUUCAUCGCUACCUGGAGAAAGUUGUUACAUAGUUGCUAUGACGAUUCGUCUAAGUUUAUCUACCUCCUGGCGAAGCCUGGCUGUUCCUACCUGGACCAGGAGGACUUCAUACCUUUAUUACAGGACAUAGUGGACACCCACCCGGGACUGACGUUCUUGAAGGAUGCCCCAGAAUUCCAUUCCCGUUACAUCACCACCGUGAUUCAGCGGAUAUUCUAUGUGGUCAACCGCUCGUGGACGGGUCGUAUCACCAUGACGGAACUACGCAGGAGCAACUUCCUGCAGACCCUGGCCCUGUUGGAAGAGGAGGAUGAUAUCAACCAGAUAACAGAUUAUUUCUCUUAUGAGCAUUUCUAUGUGAUCUACUGUAAGUUCUGGGAGUUGGACACGGACCACGACCUUUACAUUGACCCUAAGGACCUGGCUCGUUACAACGACCACGCAUCCUCAAGCAGAAUCAUUGAGAGGUUGUUCUCAGGAGCCGUUACACGGGGUAGCUCAGUGCAGAGAGAAGGGAGGAUGAGUUAUGCAGAGUUCAGCUGGUUCCUCAUCUCAGAGGAAGACAAGAAAAGCCCUACAAGUAUAGAGUACUGGUUCAGGUGUAUGGACACAGAUGGGGACGGUGUGUUGUCUAUGUUUGAGUUGGAGUACUUCUAUGAGGAGCAGUGUAGUAGGAUGGAGGGGAUGGGCAUUGAACCCCUACCUUUCACAGACCUGCUCUGUCAGAUGCUAGACCUUGUCAAACCUGAAAGCCAAGGUAAGAUAACCCUGUCUGAUCUGAAGAGGUGUAGGAUGGCUCAUAUAUUCUUCGACACGUUCUUCAACCUGGAGAAAUACCUGGACCACGAGCAGAGAGACCCCUUCGCUUUGCAGAAGGACAUAGACAAUGAGUGUCCAGAGCCUUCAGACUGGGAUAAAUACGCUUCAGAGGAGUAUGAGAUCCUGGUGGCGGAGGAGACAGCUAAUGAACAGCUGCAUGAGGGGACGUUUGAUGAUGACUAUGAGGAGGCGGAGCUUCCUGUUCAAGGAGAGAUGGUUGGGAAUAAGAUGGAUAAGCUGCUCAUAUCAGAUCUGUCAGCAUGAAAUUCCCAAAGCCUGGAAUACCGCUCCCUUCUCCUUGGAUAUACAGGAGACAGGGGAGAGAGGAAGAGGGAUGGACGGGGAGAAAUUGGUAAAAAGCUAAAGCGAUGGAGGACUCCAAACUCUCUCAGCUUCUCCUUUCAUACACAGACAGGGACAGAAGAAAUGGUGAGAAGACAGAGGGAUGGACUAAACGAGAGAGAGGAUGGAGAGAAGGAGAGAGAGGAUGGACAGAAUGAGAGAGAGGAUGGACAUAAGGAGAGAUAGG